UUCGCGUGUCUGCUCUUGCUUUUCUCCCCUGCAGUCAAAAUGAACCCAGCCAUCACCGACGCCCCCACCUGAGGAAUUGAAAAUUUUCCAGAUCUGCUGUUUUCUUCCUCCUUUGUCGUCGGUUGUUGCUGCGUGUGAACUUCGGUUUUUCCUGUCCCCGUGAAAGCCCCCCAAUUUUUUCGCCAGCUUUUCCCCAUACCCGCCAACUCCAGCCUUGCUUGCUGAGAAUUUCUGGUAGUCAAAAUGAACCCAGCCAUCACCGACGCCCCCACCUGAGGAAUUGAAAAUUUUCCAGAUCUGCUGUUUUCUUCCUCCUUUGUCGUCGGUUGUUGCUGCGUGUGAACUUCGGUUUUUCCUGUCCCCGUGAAAGCCCCCCAAUUUUUUCGCCAGCUUUUCCCCAUACCCGCCAACUCCAGCCUUGCUUGCUGAGAAUUUCUGGUAGUGAGACCUGACGCAUGGGGAGCCCGGAGGAGUGACGAGCUAGACGGCUAGGCACUUUUGGACUUAGAUUUUUGUAGCUAGGCCGUUUGUCACCCAUGCUUGACUUAGAAAUUUUUGUGUACAGAACUCCCUUAGUUAUAGUCAUGACUGUAUAGAUGAAGUUAUAAAUUGUUGUACAUUUUGACAAAAAAAGAAAGAAGUUGGAACUUAUGGCAAAGAUAAGACGCCAAGCAUCUCCUGCCACAAGUGUGCCACCUCCAUCCCCAAUGGUUUCCACUCCUACGGCCCCUGCUCCAAUUUCCCCUAUUCCUAUUUCUUCUACUCCUGCAGUGUCUAGUUGGAAGGUCUAUAUAGAAUUCCAGAAGGUGGUGACCAAGAGAUUUGAUGGUACCGCAGGUUUUGAGCAGGUGGGGUUGUGGAUUACCGAGGUGGAGUGGGGAUUUCGCUUACUGAAGAUUUCUAACAACCUUAAGGUCGAUGUAGGCAGCUAUAUGCUUACUAGUGAAGCAUUAACUUGGUGGGAGAAUUAUCUGAAGCUACACCAAGGAGAGCCUGAAUUGAGCACUUGGGAUGGCUUUAAAAAGGUGUUCAUGCAAGAGUACAUACCAGAUAGCAAAAGGCAGGAACUACAAAGGGAAUUUGCAGAUCUAAAUCAGGUUGGGGAUGAGCUAGCCAAAGCUAAAACAUUUUUAUGGGGCUUGAAUCCCGAUAUUUAUCUGGCGGUGAAUCAAUUCAAACCCGCCACUUAUAAAGAGGCUACAGACAGAGCCAUAGAUCGGGAGAAGGCUAUGGCUACAGUCAAGUCCUCAGGACAGCAUCGUGUUGGGCCAUCCCUUGGGAAGAGAAAAUUUGAUGGGAGCCGUAGGCCCCUUGUUCUUACACCGCCUAAGUUUGAUAUCAGCAAGGGUUCUAAAGGGCCAGGAGCUACCAAGACUGUGGGCCAAGCAUCAGCAGCCCAACAUGCUCCUCCUACUCAGCUUACUUGCCACGUUUGUGGAAGAGUUGGGCAUACUCGCAACCAAUGCCACAUUACUACUGGGAGUACCGGGGUUAGGACAAGAGCCCAGCAUGUGAGAGUGCACGUGAUGACUCACAAGGAAGCUGCGGCUACCGACGUAAUCACGGGUACCUUGCAUAUUAACUCUGAUUAUGCACAUGUUUUAUUUGAUUCGGGUGCAUCGCACUCUUUUAUUGCUCGAUCUUAUGCUUUGAAACGAGUUUUGCCUGUUGAUACCUCUGAUUGUGAACUGCAUGUGGACACCCCUUUAGGAGAGGUGAUGACUACUAGGAAGGGUUUCUUAGUCUCCGUUGCUGAUGCCAGUAGUGUGACAUCGAAACUAGAAGACAUACCGGUGGUGCGUGAAUUUCUGGAUGUAUUUCCAGAGGAUCUCCCAAGUUUACCUCCGGAUAGGGAGGUUGAAUUUGCUAUUGACCUUGUUCCUAGCACCGGACCUACUUCCAAAGCAUCAUACCAUAUGGCUCUUGCAGAAUUGAAGGAGUUAAAGGUCCAGCUGGAAGAACUCCUUGAAAAAGGGUUUAUACGCCCUAGUGUGUCACCUUGGGGAGCUCCAGUGUUAAUUGAUGACUUGUUUGACCAGCUCAAGGGUGCCCAGGUAUUUUCUAAGAUUGAUCUUCGAUCUGGCUACCACCAGUUGAAGAUUAAACCGGAUGAUGUGUCAAAGACUGCCUUUCGUACCCGUUAUGGUCAUUAUGAAUUCCUAGUCAUGCCUUUUGGCUUGACAAAUGCCCUUGCCAGAUUUAUGGAUUUGAUGAAUCGUGUGUUUAGCAAGUACCUAGAUAAGUUUGUGCUUGUCUUUAUUGACAACAUUUUGAUCUACUCUUCUAGCCAUGCUCUUCAUGAAAAGCACUUAAGGACAGUUCUCGAGACACUGAGAAAUGAGAGGCUGUUUGCUAAAUUUAAGAAGUGUGAAUUUUGGCUAGAUAAUGUUGCGUUCCUAGGUCACGUUGUGACUAAGGAUGGAAUCUCGGUUGAACCCCAGAAGAUUGAGGCCGUGGACACCAAGUUCAAGUGGACUCCAGAGUGUGAGAAAAGCUUUUUGAUCCUUAAAGAUAAGUUGGUCACUGCCCCCAUACUUGCACUUCCAAUUAAUGGGGAAAGAUUCACUAUAUAUAGUGAUGCCUCUAAAAAGGGUUUGGGAUGUCUCUUGAUGCAAAAAGAUAGGGUUAUUGCAUAUGCUUCCCAGCAGUUAAAGCCUUAUGAAGAAAAUUACCCUACUCAUGAUCUGGAGUUGGCAGCCGUGAUAUUUGCACUCAAGAUCUUGAGGCAUUAUCUAUACGGUGAGACUUGUGAGAUUUUCACCAAUCACAAGAGCCUUAAGUAUAUUUUCACUCAAAAGGAGCUUAAUAUGAGGCAGAGGCGAUGGCUUGAACUUUUGAAGGACUAUGACUUGACCAUUAGCUACCAUCCAAGCAAAGCCAACAAAGUAGCAGAUGCGUUGAGUAGGAAGUCCUCUAGCACUGCCUCUAGCAUCCUUGCCACUCAAAAGGAGUUACUUGAGGAUCUUGUGAAACUGGAUGUGGAAUUGAGAAUGGACAGUACUACAGCUUAUCUAGCCACUCUCAGUGCACAACCGGCAUUAAUAGAUAGAAUUAAACUUGCCCAGCAGAAAGAUCCUUUCUUGCUGUGUGUACCAAGAGAUAAUGCUUUAAGGCGUGAGAUUAUGGGAGAUGCCCAUUAUACCAGCUAUACAAUUCACCCAGCCUUUACCUAUUCCCUAGUGGAAGUGGGAGAACAUCACCAUGGACUUUGUGACGGGCUUACCAUGGACUUUGUGAUGGGCUUACCACGAACCUUAAAAGGUAAUGAUUCCAUUUGGGUCAUCGUUGAUCGAUUUACCAAAUCAGCUCACUUCUUACCUUACCGGACUGGCACCUCCAUUGAGAAGCUUGCCAAUAUGUACAUGAAUGAGAUAGUCAAGCUGCAUGGAGUCCCUGUGUCUAUUGUGUCAGAUAGAGAUACUAGAUUUUUAUCUCAUUUUUGGACAAGCUUGCAGCAGUCACUUGGUACUCAAUUAAAUUUCAACACGGCCUUCCAUCCUCAAAUUGAUGGGCAAUCUGAGAGAACUAUUCAAAUACUUGAGGACAUGUUGAGGGCUUGUGUUUUAGAUUGGAAGGGUUCGUGGGAUCAACACUUAUCCAUGGCUGAGUUUGCAUAUAAUAACAGUUAUCAAUCUAGCAUCCGCAUGGCACCGUUUGAGGCUUUGUAUGGUCGAAGGUGUAGAUCACCUGUUUGUUGGACAGAGGUGGGCGAAAGAAGCAUUUUAGGCCCAAAAUUGGUGCAACAAUCUUCUGAGAUUGUGCAGUUGAUUAAGGAAUGCCUUCGUGCUGCACAAAGCAGGUUUGGCAUUCGGGGAAAAUUGAGUCCGAGGUAUAUUGGACCAUAUCCUAUCUUGGAAAGGAUUGGUGAGGUAGCUUAUAGAUUGGAGUUGCUUGGAAAUUUAGCGGGUGUUCAUGAUGUGUUUCACGUGUCCUUACUUUGGAAAAGCUACUUGGGAGUUGGAAUCCAAGAUGAGGCAGGAACAUCCGCACCUCUUCCAAGAUUGAGCCAUUUUCGCGUGUCUGCUCUUGCUUUUCUCUCCUGCAGCCGAAAUGAACCCAACCAUCACCGACGCCCCCACCUGAGAAAUCGAAAAUUUUCCAAAUCUGCUGUUUUCUUCCUCCUCUGCCGCCGGUUGCUGCUGGGUGUGAACUUCGAUUUUUCCUGUCCCCGUGAAAGCCCCCCAAUUUUUCCGCCAGCUCUUCCCCAUACCCGCCAGCUCCAGCCUUGCUUGCUGAGAAUUUCUGGUAGUGAGACCUGACGCAUGAGGAGCCCAGGGGAGUGACGAGCUAGACGGCUAGGCACUUUUAGACUUAGAUUUUUGUAGUUAGGCCGUUAGUCACCCAUGCUUGACUUAGAAAUUUUUGUGUACAAAACACCCUUAGUUAUAGUCAUGACUAUAUAAAUGAAGUUAUAAAUUGUUGUACAUUUUGACAAAAAAAGAAAGAAGUUGGUAAUUA